AAAUAUAGCUAGCUAAAAUAUGUGCAUGACAAUUGAAGGUGUGUUAAGUGUACAGUAGGCAGGGUUGCCAGGUGAAGCUAAAAUGUUAGCCCAAUUACCACUCAAAUCCCACCCAAAAGGCUUGGAAAACUAACCCACAUUUUUUCCACCCCAGCAAGAGAAGAGUUGCCAAAUCUCUUAAAUAAUCAAUUUUCCAUAACGUUAUCGAGACAAUUAAGGAGGAUUAUCAUAGUAACGUAUAACGACGUUAGAAGCAUAAUUCGGGUUUCCUCAAAAUAAUUAUCGGAAAUUAUGAUAUUGCUAAAUCAUAGCAGUCAAAUCGACAUCCAUUGAUGGAAAAUAAUCUGCCGAGUUUAAUAAGGGUUAAUUAUAUUUUCUCUUGCCACAUAUUCAAAUUCCUUUUAUGUCAUAAGGCACAAGGGGUAUGGUAUAUGGCCAAUAUACCAUGGCUAAGGGUUAUUCUCAUGCACAAAACAACGCGGAGUGCCUGCAGACAGCCGUUAGCCAUGGUAUAUUGGCCAUAUACCACAACCCCCCGGUGUGCCUUAUGGCUAUUAUAAACUGGUUACCACUAAUUAGAACAGUAAAAAGUAAUGUUUUGUCAUACCAAACCACGAUAUACCACAGCUUUCAGCCAAUCAGCAUUCAGGCCUUGAACCUUUGCGCAUGUGCAUAACUAUAGAUAAAUCCGACAGGAGAGUUUGAGUGAUGAAAGUUAGACAGCAUCUCAAUCUCUGAGCAAGAAACACUUGGAUGAACAUAAAACAACUGUUAGGCUAUUUUCUGGAAAUUGUGCUUUUAUGUGCCAAAUAUUAAGACUGCAAACCAUUAUUAAUGGCCCAUUUGCAAUGACAGUUUGCUUAGCUAAAGGCUGGUAUCCUAUAGCCCCAUAUAGGCCUACAUCUAAUUUCAGAUAGUCUACAGUAUCCUAGACAAGAUGUAGGCAAGCUGUAAACUGAACGAUUUAGCAGCUUGCUAAAUUCAAAUUAAGACUAAUUAAUGAAUAGCGAGGCGAUUUCGUCAUAAGUGCUUGUUUCCCGAUAGCCUGCUGGAAUAGGCUACUGAGGAUGGGGUCAUAAUUUCAUUUACUCAGUUAAAUAUUAAUAAUAUUCAUAUGAACUGAAUAUGCAUGUCAACAAAAGCCAGUGUUUCAUUUUGAUUUGUUUUACCUGUAGCCUAAUCUGACAACUGUUACCGUCAAUCUAAUGUGUUCAUAAUAACACAAGGCUACAACAACAAACUGAAGUCAUAGGCUAUUUAUUAAAUUGCUUUGCCAGGUCCAGGUGGCACAAAUUGAUUUGCAAUGACUCUAGUGAUAUUGUCAUUUAAUUUCAGCAUAUUUAUUGUAUCAAAUGGUAGCCUACGAUCACAUAUAUAUGAAUAGGCUACUUGAUGGCCAACAGAGGCAAAUUUGUAUUUCUCCACAUUUAGCCAAAGUUAGUUUCAAUGAGGACUUGUCCCCAUAAAAAGAACCACAUGAGGGAGUUUCAUAACUUCCAUUUCAAAUUUCCACUCGGGUAGCUCCCGAGACCCAAGAACUGAGCAUGCAUAAAGCACUUCGCUUGAUACCCAUUUCUUUAAGUAGUCAACGUUAGAAUGGAGUUUAAACCACCUCCGAGCUAAUUUAUGUAAUGCGCUCUAGUGGGUUUUCCACUGCUUUUGUAACAGGUUCUGUACUGGUACCUUUUUGCGUUGUGUUCUGGUAUUUUUCGUAGCUGUCUACUUACCACAACAGACUGAUGCUGGCACAAAUUCAAGCAAACAGGAAAACGCUCAUCCAGAGGCGGCGCUCCUAGUGGCCUGGGACUUUAAUGCAGGGAAACUCAAAUCCAUUUUACCUCAUUUCUAUCAGCAUGUUAAAUGUGCAACCAGAUGGGGAAAAAAUUCUAGACCACCUUUACUGCACACACAGACGCGUACAAAGCUCUCCCUCGCCCUCCAUUUGGCAAAUAUGACCAUAAUUCUAUCCUCCUGAUUCCUGCUUAUAAGCAAAAAUGAAAGCAGAUGAAGCAGAUGCUAAACUACAGGACCGUUUUGCUAGCACAGACUGGAAUAUGUUCCGGGAUUCUUCCAAUGGCAUUGAGGAGUACACCACAUCAGUCACUGGCUUCAUCAAUAUGUGCAUCGAUGAUGUCGUCCCCACAGUGACUGUACGUACAUACCCCAACCAGAAGCCAUGGAUUACAGGCAACAUUCGCACUGAGCUAAAGGGUAGAGCUGCCGCUUUCAGGGAGCGGGACUCUAACCCGGAAGCUUAUAAGAAAUCACACUAUGCCCUCCGACGAACCAUCAAACAGGCAAAGCGUCAAUACAUGAUUAAGAUCGAAUCAUACUACACCGGCUCCAACGCUCGUCGGAUCUGGCAUGGCUUGCAAACUAUUACAGACUACAAAGGGAAGCACCGUUGAAAGCUGCCCAGUGACACUAGCUUACCAGACGAGCUAAAUAACUUCUAUGCUCGCUUCGAGGCAAGUAACACUGAAACAUGCAUAAGAGCAUCAGCUAUUCCGGAUGACUGUGUGAUCACGCUCUCCGCAGCCGAUGUGAGUAAGAUCUUUAAACAGGACAACAUUCAUAAGGCCGCAGUGCCAGACGGAUUACCAGGACGUGUACUCCGAGCAUGCGCUGACCAACUUGCAAGUGUCUUCACUGACAUUUUCAACCUCUCCCUGUCUGUCUGUAAUACCAACAUGGUUCAAGCAGACUACCAUAGUCCCUGUGCCCAAGAGCACUAAGGUAACCUGCCUAAAUGACUUCCGACCCGUAAGCACUCACGUCUGUAGCCAUGAAAUGCUUUGAAAGGCUGGUCAUGGCUCACAUCAACACCAUUAUCCCAGAAACCCUAGACCCACUAAGCUAAGGACCCUGGGACUAAACACCUCCCUCUGCAACUGGAUCCUGGACUUCCUGAUGGGUAGCCCCCAGGUGCUAAGGGUAGGUAACAACACAUCCGUCACACAGAUCCUCAACACGGGGGCCCCUCGGGUGCGCGCUCAGUCCCCUCCUGUACUCCCUGUUCACUCAUGACUGCAUGGCCAACCACGACUCCGAAAACCAUCAUUAAAGUUUGCAGAUGACAAAUAAGUUGUAGGCCUGAUCACCGACAAUGAUGAGACAGCCUAUAGAGAGGUGGUCAGAGACCUGACCGUGUGGUGCAAGGACAACAACUUCUCAACGUGAUCAAGACAAAGGAGAUGAUUGUGGACUACAGGAAAAGGGGGACUGAGCACGCCCCCAUUCUCAUCGACGGAGCUGUAGUGAAGCAGAUUGAGAGCUUCAAGUUCCUUGGCAUCCACAUCACCAACAAACUAACAUGGUCCAAGCGCACCAAGACAGUCAUGGAGAGGGCACAACAAAACCUAUUCCCCCUCAGGAGACUGAAAAGAUUUGGCAUGGGUCCUCAGAUCCUCAAAAGGUUUUACAGCUGCACCAUCGAGAGCAUCCUGACGGUUUGCAUCACUGCCUGGUAUGGCAACUGCUCAGCCUCCAACCGCAAGGUACUUCAGAGGGUAGUGCGUACAGCCCAGUACAUCACCGCGGCCAAGCUUCCUGCCAUCCAGGACCUCUAUACUUGACGGUGUCAGAGGAUGACCCUAAAAAUUGUCAAAGACUCCAGCCACCCAAGUCAUAGACUGUUCUCUCUGCUACCGCACGGCAAACGGUACCGGAGCGCCAAGUCUAGGUACAAAGAGGCUUCUAAACAGCUUCUACCACCAAGCCAUAAGACUCCUGAACAUCUAAUCAAAUGUCUACCCAGACUAUUUGCAUUUCCCCCUCAUUUUUACGCUGCUGCUACACUCUUAUUAUCUAUGCAUAGUCACUUUAAUAACUACCCACUGCCUACUGCUGGAGGUCAUUUUGCAGGGCUCUGGCAGUGCUUCUCCUUGCACAAAGGCGGAGAUAGCGGUCCUGCUGCUGGGUUGUUGCCCUCCUACGGCCUCCUCCACGUCUCCUGAUGUACUGGCCUGUCUCCUGGUAGCGCCUCCAUGCUCUGGAGACCACGCUGACAGACACAGCAAACCUUCUUGCCACAGCUCGCAUUGAUGUGCCAUCCUGGAUGAGCUGCACUACCUGAGCCACUUGUGUGGGUUGUAGACUCCGUCUCAUGCUACCACUAGAGUGAAAGCACCGCCAGCAUUCAAAAGUGACCAAAACAUCAGCCAGGAAGCAUAGGAACUGAGAAGUGGUCUGUGGUCACCACCUGCAGAACCACUCCUUUAUUGGGGGUGUCUUGCUAAUUGCCUAUAAUUGCCACCUUUUGUCUAUUCCAUUUGCACAACAGCAUGUGAAAUGUAUUGUCAAUCAGUGUUGCUUCCUAAGUGGACAGUUUGAUUUCACAGAAGUGUGAUUGACUUGGAGUUACAUUGUGUUGUUUAAGUGUUCCCUUUUAUUUUUUUGAGCAGUGUAUAUUCCUACCGACAGUAGUGCAACAACACAAAAUGUAUUGCAUGUUGUUCAUUUGUGAACAUUUGCUAACAUGUACAUUCAAAAGACAGAAAUAAACACAUACCUCUCCUCAUCACCCUUUGAGCAAACUGAGGAGUACAAUCAUGGCUCCUGUUGAUGACAUCACAAUUUAGAAAAUAAAUACAAUAAAAUGGUUCACUCUUGAAAGUUAGUGUAAUGCAUCUCAAAAUAGCUUUAAAAUAAAUGAGGGAUUUUCGGUGAAAAUAUAUUUGACAUCUGUUACACUUUGUCUCCAUUAUUUCUUGAUGUGCAUUCUAGCAUAUUAUUAUGAUUAUGAAUAAAGGGUUAGAAAUAGCUGUCUCCAUAAUGACAAUCUACAGGCCUACCUAUAACUGGUAAAAAGUUGGCACAACGUGCUGCUCUCGCUCACAUGACUGUAGUGCUCUCUCAACAAACAAACAUCCUCUGGCCCUCCCCACCAAUCACUCACUCAGCAUCAGCCUGACUCAUUGCCUAACAGUCAGCAAUAGGUCACAGCGAAAUAAAUAUAUAUUUUUAAGAGAAAUGCCGGAAGAUGAAACAAUCUCUCCAGUAAUACCCGACCGAAUAGGGCUAUAACAUGGCAAAGAACAAGUUUAUCAGUGUAGUGCGCCACAUCAUCCCAUGGGAUCCGUCUAGGCUGCACACAGAUACAUAUCACAGAAAUUUUCUAGUUCCUACACAUCACCUAUCUUCAAAUAAAAUGGGCCUUUUAUAGGCAAGUGGGCAGCAUCAUGCUCAUGUCAGUCCUCUAGAACGCAAAUGUCGUCUUCCUAGUAGGACUGCAAUAAUUUGGGGAUUCGAGCGAGAGUCGACUACUUUCGACUCAAAAUCCUGGAGUCGUGCACCACUAGUUUUCCAAUGGGAGUAAAAGAGUUAUAGUGGGCAGAACAAGCAAGGAGGUGGGCAGAGCCAAGCACAAGCUAAUGAGAUCCUAUUGCCGCGUUCUAGCAUUUUAUUUGCACAUUUAUGUUGGGGAACGGCAUACUCGGAAGUGCGUGUGCAAUAAGUGUCCUGCUGCAAUGUCAAGGCGGAGCAGGAACAGCCGGGCAUGGCGUUACGUAUGGAGUGGAAUACGGCGAGACGCUGAUUCCCGAGUGUUGGUACUGGCCUCAGAGAGUCAGGAGUGGGGCUACGAACGCUUACAGUACAGUGACUCAGACUCUGAGCCAGACUACCGGCUCAUGGUGCCACCGGUCCCCAGUGCCGUGCCCGUUACCGGAGAGUCGUACUGCACCUGCGACUCCCAGGCCGAGCCCAGCUACAACCCACGUCUCCGGGGCUUCCACCGUGUCAAAGACUGCCACUGUGGAGAGGAAGACCAGGGUGAGAAUGGGAGGGGCAGGGAGGAGAAACUAAGGUGGUGUUCAGAAGGGCACACCAUAGCAAAACGUUUUGAAGUGGAAAACUUCGACUGGGUGUGGGACGACAGUAACCGCUCCACGGCCACGUUAAUGACCUGCGACAACCGCAAAGUCAACUUCCACACGGAGUACAGCUGCGGCACAGCAGCCAUCAGAGGUUCCAAGGAGCUGGCAGAUGGCCAGCACUUCUGGGAGAUCAAGAUGACAUCACCAGUGUACGGGACAGAUAUGAUGGUAGGCAUCGGAACCUGUGACGUGAACCUGGAUAAGUACAGACAUACCUUCUGCAGCCUGUUGGGGAAAGAUGAUGACAGCUGGGGUCUGUCCUACACUGGUCUGUUGCAUCAUGAAGGAGACAAGGUGAACUUCUCUUCACGUUUCGGCCAGGGCUCAAUCAUCGGAGUGCACCUGGACACAUGGCACGGAACACUCACCUUCUUUAAGAACCGCAAGUGCAUAGGCGUUGCGGCUACGGCGCUACAGAACAAGCGUUUCUACCCCAUGGUGUGUUCCACAGCAGCCAAGAGCAGCAUGAAAAUGAUCCGCUCCUGCUUCACGCCCACUUCCCUGCAGUACCUGUGCUGUGCCCGCCUCCGCCAGCUCCUCCCUGAGUGCCCAGACACCCUGAGCGUACUGCCGCUGCCCCCUGGCCUGCGCCACCUGCUGCACAAUAAGCUGGGCUGGGUCCUCAGCCUCAACAACGGCCUCCUGGGGGCCCCAGAGGGGGAGGAAGGGAGGGUGGGGGGCUUGGGGUCUGACUCACCCCCUACGCCCCCCUUGGCCGGGGCCUUGUCCUCUGAAAGCGAUGACUCUGAGGGGUGUUCGUCGGACCCUGAGGCGUGUCAGAGGAAGAGAUGUCGUUGGACGUGACGGGUAUCCGACGUGACCCCCAAUAUAAACACGUUGGGGUCCUAAAUGACACCCUAUUCCCUAUAUAGUGCAUUACUAGUCAAAGGCCGAUAGGACUCUUGUCAAUAGGGUGCCAUUUGGAUGCAGCCAUGUACUGGACUGAAUCCCUGUCCCCUCCCUGAGACACACUCAAGUUAUAAUCCCUUACACACAUACGCACGCACACACGUUACCGUUAAUGGGUGAACCCAGGACCUGGGGACAGUGUUGUGGAAACAUUUUAAUCAAGAUCAAACAAAGAUCGAUGGCCAAACUUCAGUGUACAUUAACAGUAUAUGCAACAACAACAAUGACAUGGAAUCAAUGAAAAGAGACCAAGUGCAGCAUUAUGUGAAUUGUCACCAUGCAUUCUCCUUGUACAUGAAAAGCUGGUUGGAUUGCUAUAGGAGUGGCCUGUAGGGCCAUAUUUUAAGUUUCUGUUUUAGCUGACCGAAGAACAAAAGUUGAGUCCAGAGAGUUGUCAAAAUGUCGUCUCCAAGACAUUUAUUUGUUACAUUUAUAUGUUCUUGCUCUGCAGGUAAUACACAGUUCAAGUCAUCAGUUUGACAGUUAUGAAUACUCAGUGAAACAGUUAUUUUGUUGUUAAUCAACACAUUUGUUUCGGAGCAGGAACAAACUUUUAUUCUUUCUUUUAUUUAGAUCAGCUUGACAAUGUAUUCCCCUGAAUUAUUUUUGUCAAAUCGACACCAGACAUUUUUAUUAUUUUUUUUAACAAAUGUUUUAGGGGGGGGUUCUGAUUCAUUUUUCACUCAAUACUGCUGUCGUAUUAGAUAUUGGUUGGGGGAGGGAUGACUGUUAUACACACCCUCUAUGUUGAGCUGUGAGUUGUCAUGCACCGUUCUUAUACUGACCUCCCUGUUAUGAUCUCCUUCUGCUUGAUGGUAGACUCAUGUCUGUUAGUCAGACGGACAUUUGAUUUAGUUGUCACCCUGUGCAUCCAAUGGUUAGGCUGCAGACAGUGUACUGAAUAAAGGCAAAGGGGUGUCCACAUAUUAUAAUAAAUAUAUCUGUGUUAUUAUUUUUCAGUGUACAAUGUUUAUUUUAUGCAUCAAAGCACUUGUAUAUACUGUGCAUUUGGAAACUAUUCAGACCCCUUGACUUUUUCCACAGUAGCCUUAUUCUAAAAUUGAUUAAAUUGUUAUUUUUUCUCAUCAAUCUAUACACAAUACCCCAUAAUGACAAAGCAAAAACAGGUUUUUAGAAAUGUUAACUUUAAAAAAUAAUAAUAAUAAUACAUUUGCUAUCACAUUUACAUAAGUAUUCAGACCCUGGAGAAGGUUUUUAUCAAGGAUCACUCUAUACUUUGCUUUGUUUAUCUUUCCCUCAAUUCUGACUACUCUCCCAGUCCCUGCCGCUGAAAAACAUCCCUCCAGAAUGCUGCCACCACCAUACAUAAAGGCCUGAUUGGUGGAGUGCUGCAGAGAUGGUUGUCCUUCUGGAAGGUUAUCUCAUCUCCACAGAGGAACUCUUGAGCUCUAUCAGGGUUCUUGGGUCUUGGUGGUUCCAAACUUCUUCCAUUUAAGAAUGGCGGAGGCCACUGUGUUCUUGGGGACCUUCAAUGCUGCAGAAAUGUUUUGGUACCCUUCCCCAGAUCUGUGCCUCGACACAAUCCAAUUCCUUCGACCUCAUGGCUUGGUUUUUGCUCUGAUAUGCACUGUCAACUGUGGGACCUUUAAAUAUAUAAUAUAAUAUAAAUGUGCCUUUCCACAUCAUGUCCAAUUUAUUGAAUUUACCACAGGUGGACUCCAAUCAAGUUGUAGAAACAUCUCAAAGAUGAUCAAUGGAAACAGGAUGCACCUGAGCUCAAUUUCGAGUCUCCUAGCAUAGGGUCUGAAUACUUAUGUAUACAAGGUAUUUCUGUUUUUUAUUUUGAAUACAUUUUCUAAAACAACUUUUUGCGCUUUGUCAUUAUGUGGUAUUGUGUUUUUUAAAUACAUUUUAGAAUAAGGCUGUAAUGUUACAAACUGUGGAAAAAGUGAAGGAGUCUAAAUAGUUUCCCAAUGCACUGUAUAAACAGGAUAUAUAAAUGGAUCUUCUAUGCUGUGUAAUGUUCAUACUGUAUGUAUAGGCCUUUAUUCUUAUCUUGAUCUGUCUUAAUCUUUCUCUCCAAUAAUGUAUAUCUAAAGCAUGGCCUUUGACUAAAACUAAGAUGAAUAGGUGAAAUAUGCACAGAACUAUCGCUGUAUUGGCAAGUUUUUUUUUUUCUUCAAAACAUUAUCGGUGCUUUUUGCCUUUUUUCCCCACUGGUUCCAGCAAAUGUUUAAUCUUUAAUAAUCAUUUACAUUCAGUAUUCUCUUCUCUGUUAGGUUGCAAUAACAAUAUAAAUCUUAUGUUUGCACACCAAUGUUCCUCCAGGAUUAAGUAAGUAAUGUUUGCGAAUGUCUGUUGGUCUAAAGAACCUACAAUGGCACAAUGCAAAUACCUUGGCAUAUCAACAUCAAAUAAAAUACAAAUAAACCUUU